CUCGCCGAGAAUUCCCCCGGCGGUGCUCAUUCCAACGAUUACGAGCCCGGUGAACUCCGCCGUGAUCCUCCUCCACCUCCUUACUCCCGCUCUGAUCGAUAUUCUGAUGAUCCUGAUAUGGAUGCUCUAACGAUUAUGGAGUGUCAACAGUGAGUAAAAUUUGCAUUUGUGUGUUACAGCUCUGAUGUUGCCUCAGGUUUUGGGCUUUGAGGAAGGCAUGUUGCUUUGAACUCAGCAUUGGAUCAUGAUGUUGGAAUGUUUUUUCAUUUUAAAGGGUCAAUAAGUGUGUUGGAUGAUGGAAGUUUUCCAUUCUGCAUGAACUCGUGGGUGGGUUUUGCGGCACAAUAUCUGCUGCAUGGGUUCACAUUUUGCAGAGCCCUGAGUAUAUGUUUGGUUUUUGGGUGUUUGUGAAGGUAAAGACAGAGUCAACUUUAAUGGAAUAUGGGAUACAAUUUGAAGUUUUCCAUACAUGGUAUUGCAUGGGCAACGUGGUAGAACAUCAACGUGGUUACUGGAUUUGUAGAGGACAGACAAUGACAGUUACCAAUCGUUUUUGGUGAAUAACCUUAAGUUAGAACUAAUUUUUGGUUGGUAUAUCUAGGUUCUGCUGCAGGAAGUGUGUGGGUGGGUGUGUUCGUAGUUUACUACCUUGCAGAAGCUGACCUGACAUUUUGGAAAGAUAAUAUUUACCGAGGAAAAAAGUUCAUUGUGUCGUUCGUUGGUUAUAUAUGGUUUUUUUUGUUAUUCAACUUCUGGUUAUUUCAAUUCCUGCUACAUGUAUGUGGUUUACUUUUGGAAUAUUCCUUGUAAUGAUUGUUUUGGCUGGUGAUUGUCAUUUUACUUUCUGUGGAUUUUUCUUUGGUUGGUUAGUUAUAGUGAUGAUCAGAUGGUUGUUUAUUUACAACAUGGAAGACCGCUUUAUGAGCAUUUUAUGAGUAGAAUGCGAGUUUAGGAGAUUUCUUUAUCACGUGGCUGUGUAUCAUCUGUCGAAUCCUUAAAGUUUUUACAUAUUGAUGAUGCAUUAACCGGGAGCAUUGAUAAUUUGAUGUGGUACAGAAAAGAGAUGCAUAUCUUCUAAAAAUGAACUGAUGCACGUCUUCUCCAUUUCUGAAUUCUUUCUCGUGUUGUUUUGAAGUUAUUUGUGGAUAUAGUUUAUUCCAGGAGAUAUGAGAGUUGGUUGCUGGGAUCAUAUCAUGGCUUCAUUGGUUUUUUUUGCCUGGGCCGUUCUAAUUCAUGAAUUAUGUCACUUAAAUUGACUCUUGGCUACCAUGGCAGACUAACAACAGUGGUCCCAGAAGGAUUCCAACAACUUUUUGAUGGGGGUAUUUUAUUAAACUUCAGGAUUCUGUUGCACUUUGGGGAUGGUUGUUGCUGGUUUCCCUGUGGUGUACAUUCUGGUUCUGGGAUCUGGAGUUAGAUUGGGUGAAAUGAAAUGACAUUGGUCUAUUGUUUAUCUCGUUCAAAUUAUCUUUUUGUAGAAGUUAGCUCUUACUCUUGACUCCGAAACAUGAAUAUGGAUAUGAUAUAUCAGAUGCUUAUGUUAAGUGGUUUGUGUAAUUAACUAUAUCAGAGUCUGGUAUAUCAUUCGGACAUAGAAAGAAUUGCGGUCAAGGCUAUACUGGUGGUAAUUUUUUUGUUUGUGGAAAACCGUACUCAUAAAGCCUAUUUUUAUUAUGGUAAUAUUCCCUGUGCGGUGGUAACAUUUCUUUGAAAUUUCAAACUGAUUAUAUGGAAGUUGCAUGAUCAGAAUGUUUUGGGCAUUUUGUAGAUUGAAAAUGAUAAAUUUACCCUCACAAUGUCUUUGUUUUCCAGGAUAUAGAUUUCGUGCAGGUUCUUCAUCUCCUGUUCACCGUAGAGAUGCUGAUCAUCGCUUCACUUCUGACUAUAAUCACUUGUCACGAAACCGUGGAUAUGGUGGUGGGAGAGAUCCUGGCAGAUUUCGAGACCCUCCACACCCGUAUGCUCGAGGUAGAGUAGGAGGCAGGCCAUUUGGUAGAGCUUUUGAUGGACCUCGCUUUGGCCAUGGCCACGGCCAUGGUCAUGGUCAUGGUCAUGCAAGAGGGGAAGGCCAUGGUAGAAACAAUCCCAAUGUGCGUCCUAGGGAGGGAGAUUGGAUGUGUCCCGACUCAUUAUGUGGUAAUCUUAAUUUUGCAAGGCGAGACUUUUGUAACAACUGUAAGAGGCCUCGACCUGCUGUUGCUGGAAGUCCUCCUAGGAGGGGUUCUCCACCACUUCACGCACCUCCUAGACGCUAUCCUGGGCCUCCAAUUGAUCGUUCCCCGGAAAGGCCUAUGAAUGGCUACAGAUCUCCUCCUCGUCUGAUGGGAAGGGAUGGCCCUAGAGAGUAUGGAUCGGCUGCUCCUCUGCCACCCCUCCGACAUGAAGGUAGGUUUCCAGAACCCAAUGUGCAUAGAGAGCGUAUGGAUUACAUGGAUGACGCCUACAGCAGGGGGAGAAAUAAGUUUGAUAGGCCUCCUCCAUUGGACUGGGAUAAUAGAGAUCGUGGUAGAGACGGUUUCUCCAAUGAAAGGAAAGGAUUCGAGAGAAGGCCACUGUCCCCGAGAAGGCCACUGUCACCAAGAAGGCCACUGUCACCUCAUGCACCUCUUUUGCCGUCAAUUCCUCCCCAUCGCGGCGGCGGCGAUCGGUGGACUCGGGAUGUGAGAGAAAGAAGCCGUUCUCCCAUGAGAGGUGGCCCACCAGCAAAAGACUAUCGCAGGGAUAAUGUCAUGAACCGUGUUGGAGGAAGAGAUGAUAGGCGUGGUGGUCCGGGACGUGACAGACUUGGAGGAAUGUAUUAGCUGCAGAUUAUUGAAUGGAUGUAUUUUGUGAUGUAAUUUUUAGAUUCAUUAUAGAUAUUGAGGUUUGUCUAGAGUUUGAGAGGUUAGUUUCUGAAUCUCCAUAUUAUGGAGCUAACCCAUCGGAAAACAUUUUGAUAGUAUUGAAAUGCAUGGUACAUCGGUUUGUUUCA